AAAAAAAUGAAGAACUUAAAGCAUCAACAUAUGAAAAAAUAACCAAAGAAGCUUUAAAUGAAUUGGAUCCUUAUAUGAGAAGUUAUAUGCAUAGAUAUACUAAAAGGAAAGGAUUAGGGAAAUUUGAUUGUUUAUGUGAAAAAAAAAUAUUCGAUAUAAUUGAUAAAAUUGAUAAAUCAGGUAAAUGUAAUAAAAAGAAGCUUAAGAAAAAUGUACAUUUGAAAUAUGGAUUCGGUUUUUUUACUACAUGUUUAGUUCCAUUAUUUGGAGUAAUUUUACCUGUGUUAGAUAAGAUUUGUAAAUACGGUUGCACUAACAGUCAGAAUGACUCUAUAUUGAAAGCAUCCGGUAUACCAGUGUUAGUUUAUUAUAUUUAUGUUAUAUUCUUUUUAAUAUUAUCAUACAUAAUAUUAAUAUUCAUUUUUUAUAUAAUUAUAAAAAUUGUAAAAUACGAAAAAUUAAAAGCGAUGAAAGGCAAAAUGAAUUUUAAUGUAUAUUGUGUUUUCUUCAGAGAAGUCUUUAGUAAAUGA